CCUAUUUAAAGCUCCCGCCUUCUUAUCCCCUUCUCUAUUUUUUUCUCACCUCCUGUCGUAUAAAUAACUGGCUGCUCCAAAAUUGACGUUCCUCUGACUACAGCCAUGAAGCUAACGGCUCUUCUGCUGCUUCUCACUGCUUGUGUGGCCAGUGGUGCGCUGGUGCCCAGAGCCUUAUGGCAGUUUGGGAAUAUGAUCAGCUGCGCUCAGCCCGGCACGAGCCCUUUCAAGUACAACGAGUACGGCUGCUGGUGCGGCUUUGGGGGGAAGGGAACGCCUAAAGAUGAAGUGGACCAGUGCUGUAAAACUCAUGACAACUGCUAUAAAUCCAGCAGACUGGCUCCUGGAUGCACAGCUAUUGCUGACCUUCCCUAUGUUCUUGUUUAUGAUUUCACCUGUUCAAAUGAGGCGGUGACCUGCUCAGCGUCCAACAGCAAGUGCCAGGCUGUAGUGUGUGAGUGCGAUCGGGUGGCGGCUCACUGCUUUGCUAAGAGUACGUACAACCCUGAGAACAAGAACCUGGAUCCCAAAGUCCACUGUGUCAACUGAGUUAUACAACACACAAACACACACACCCACGCAAGAAAACGUGUUUCUAUUCAAAUUUUAAUUAUUUUAUAAGGCUUUACACACAAUUUGGAGUAAAAGGAGCUUGAUUUUGUAUAAAAGCAUCAGUAUUAAAUAAAACAAUUCAAAUGAGAGCCUCAA